CGCUUUCCUUCUUUCUUCCGUUUCAAGAUGCCCAGGCCCAAGACCCACACCGUCGUCACCAGUCUCUUCCUAGUUCCAUCAACCAUCAUCAACGACAAAAAAGAAAAGUCAGCUGUCCCGAAGAUGAGCGGCGGAAAGAGGUUCGGCGGCGGGCGGCCGCCGACGGGGACUCCUUCCCUCGCGUGGUCUUCCGUGGUCAUCGUCGCAUCCCUCCUCGCCGGCGCCUCCAUCGUCCACAACAUCUACAAGCCUGACAUGACCAUUCCACCUGUGGAGAGCACCAGCGGAGGCAGCGGCAAGGAAAGCUGAGUCGGGCAACACGUUUUUAUGAGAACCAUCCGGAAGUUACGAAGCAAGAGUUUGGAGAACUUGCUGUUAGAACUUGUGAAUCUUUGCUUCAGCACAUGUUGCAUCUUUUCAUCCUGUGUUUUGGUGUCUGCUUUUCUUUUUGCAACCGAAAGAUGUGAGAAGUUACAAUAUUUGCUACCCUUGCCUUGACGCUCUUGGUUGCGCAUAGCCAUCAGUUUGUUUGUUUGUUUGUU